CCAAACCUUUUGGUAAAGAGUGCCCAAAGAUAUAUUUUCGACAGAAUGUGGCUGACAGUGAAGCCAGCAGGACUCUAAACCUGCAAUUCUUAUAAUCAAAACACAUGCUUCGCCAAAGUCCAGAAACUAUGAUAUUUUGUUUUGACUUUACUAUUUUUAUUAGAGCAUUUAUAACAUCGUUGCUCGUUCCAAACAAGGAAAGUUUGAACACUCCCUCUCCCUCUCUCCCUCUCUCUCUCUCGUUUGUGUGAACUGUGUGUUGAAGCUUGGAAGAAGCUAUGGCAGUUGGGUUAGCCAAAACAAGUGAAGAAGGGCAAUAUAAUGCCAAGAUGACCCUUUUGGUUGUCUUAUCUUGUAUGGUUGCUGCCACAGGAGGAAUUAUCUUUGGCUACGAUCUUGGAAUUUCAGGAGGAGUGACCUCUAUGGAGCCAUUUCUCAAAAAGUUCUUCCCAGAGGUGUACACUAAGAUGAAUGAAGACACUAAGAUCAGCAACUACUGCAAAUUUGAUAGCCAACUGUUGACCUCCUUCACAUCCUCACUCUACAUUGCUGGCCUUGUUGCUUCCUUCUUUGCCUCAACAGUCACUAGAGUCUUUGGGCGCAAGCCAUCAAUUCUUAUAGGAGGUACCGCAUUCCUUGCUGGUUCAGCUCUUGGGGGUGCAGCUUUGAAUGUGUACAUGAUUAUAUUUGGUCGAAUUUUGCUUGGAAUUGGUGUUGGUUUCGCCAACCAGUCAGUACCCUUGUAUCUCUCAGAAAUGGCACCACCAAACUACAGAGGAGCAAUUAACAUUGGCUUUGAACUCUGGGUUGGCAUUGGGGUUCUAUUAGCUAACCUCAUAAAUUUUGGUACUGAGAAGAUUAAAGGCGGUUGGGGUUGGCGAAUCUCCCUAGCCAUGGCUGCAGUCCCAGCUUUAAUCCUUACACUAGGUGCUCUAUUUCUCCCAGAGACACCCAACAGCCUAAUCCAGAACAGCAAAGACCAUGAAAAGGCCAAGCUAAUGCUGCAACGUGUCCGAGGCACCAAUGAUGUGCAAGCAGAAUUAGAUGAUCUCGUCAAAGCUAGUUCCUUAUCAAAAACCAUUAAACACCCAUUUAAGAAUAUCAUACAUAGAAAGUAUAGCCCUCAACUGGUUAUGGCAAUUGCAAUUCCAUUUUUCCAACAAGUAACCGGAAUAAAUGUCAUCACCUUCUAUGCACCAGUACUUUUUCGAACAAUUGGUUUAGGUGAAAGUGCAUCACUAUUCUCCGCAGUCAUGACUGGGGUUGUUGGUGCUGUCUCAACCUCCAUAUCCAUGCUUAUAGUGGAUAAACUUGGCCGAAGAGCUUUGUUUAUGAUUGGGGGUAUUCAGAUGUUCCUCUCACAAAUUAUAAUUGGUGGACUUAUGGCUGCUCAACUUGGAGAUCAUGGUGGGAUUAGCAAAGGGUAUGCAACUUCGAUUAUAAUUUUUAUUUGUAUAUAUGUGUCCGGGUUUGGAUGGUCAUGGGGGCCACUAGGAUGGUUGGUUCCAAGUGAGAUUUUUCCUUUAGAAAUUCGAUCGGCAGGACAAAGUAUUACAGUAGCAGUGGGUUUUAUCUUCAUAUUUUUGGGUGCUCAAACUUUUCUUGCCAUGCUUUGCCAUUUCAAAUCUGGUAUUUUCUUCUUUUUUGGGGGAUGGGUGGCUGUGAUGACUGCAUUUGUGUACUUCUUGUUGCCGGAGACUAAGAAUGUGCCCAUUGAACAGAUGAGUAAAGUGUGGAGGGAGCAUUGGUUUUGGAAGAGAAUUGUUGGGGAAGUGAAUGAAGAUAUAAAGAUGGAAGCAGCAUGAUAUGUUUACUUAUUGUGUACCAGUUCAUAGUUACUAUGUUCUCAUUAGAAUUUCCAAUUUCGCUCUUUCAUCUCUUACAAUUUUAGCUUCUUUUAUGUUAGGUAAUUGCAAAGUUAUUAAGGAUGGUGUGAAAAGGUGAGGAUUCGGAUAAGGAACACAAACAUGUACAUGAACCAACUAAGUAAUUUAUAUAGACUGAGCAUAUAUCUUCAAGCAAAGGUUAUCAGUUACA